GGCGCGCCGCCUCUGUCGCGCGGCGAGGGUGUCUAUGGAGAGGCGGCGGCCGCGGCUGCUGAGGCGGACGCUGAGGCAGCGGCGAUGGCGCCCUUCCCCGAUGAAGUGGACGUCUUCACCGCCCCGCACUGGCGGAUGAAGCAGCUGGUGGGGCGCUACUGCGACAAGCUUUCUAAAACGAACUUUUCCAACAACAAUGACUUCCGUGCUCUUCUCCAGUCUUUAUAUGCUACUUUCAAGGAGUUUAAAAUGCAUGAGCAAAUUGAAAAUGAAUACAUUAUUGGUUUACUUCAGCAACGCAGUCAGACCAUCUAUAAUGUCCAUUCUGACAAUAAACUCUCUGAGAUGCUUAGUCUCUUUGAAAAGGGGCUGAAGAAUGUUAAGUGAAGGAGCCUGCUUUUUCAGGAUUCCAGCAUAUACUGAAGAUGAAUUGAGACAUCCAGGCUCACAGACUGAACAACUACUGGGUUCUUGGACCCUCUCUUGAUAGACAGCCAUUGUUGGAGCAGCUGGACCACACAACCAGUAAGCCAAGCCAUUCUAAUAAAUCGUGUGUGUGUGUGUGUGUGUGUGUGUGUGUGUGUGUGUGUGUGUGUAGUGUGUAUGGGAUUUAUUAGAAUGCAUAUAUCCUGACUAAUGCAACCCAAAUUGUCAAGGCUUUGUGACACGUUGCCAAUUUUUAUUACACAGUCUAAUACCAUCUGUGUGUGUGUGUGUGUUUGUGUGUGUGUGUGUGUGUGUGUGUGUGUGUUUUGCAGGUUCAUAUGUACUCAUGCAUGAAGAGGCUACAGAACAAACUGUCAUUCCUUAGAUAUCUUCCACCUUGAUUUUUGAGAGCAUCUUUGUUUGGGACUUGGGCAGUACCUGGCUCCAACAUUUAUGCUAUUUUCAAUAAACUAAGCAAAUUCUUUGAAA